CAGAACUCUGAAUGCUUUCUAAAAGAAGGGAGCAUUUUACAUAAGAUCUAGAGGCAGAGAUCUCCAGAGAAGGGCAUCGUUCUACUGCAGGUCAGUCAGAAAGAUCUAAUUCGAGUUUAUUUAACCAAAUCAUCUGGGUUGAUUGCAUACGGAGUUGAAGAAACUGCACGUUCUUGAACAGGGUCUGAACAAUGGAGACUGCACCAGCAAAAACGCUACAGAAAAGGCAAGUUGUCUUUCUUGCUAUAUUGUUGCUUUUGUGGGAGGCUGGCUCUGAAGCAGUUAGGUAUUCCAUGCCAGAAGAAACAGAAAGUGGGUCUUUUGUGGCCACCCUGGCAAAAGACCUGGGGCUCAGGGUGGGGGAACUGGCCACUCGGGGCGCGCGAAUCCAUUACAAAGGAAAUAAACAGCUCUUGCAGCUGGAUGUAACGACCGGGAAUUUGCUUCUAUGUGAAAAACUAGACCGGGAGGUGCUGUGUGGGGCGACCGAUCCCUGCAUACUGCAUUUCCAACUAUUACUGGAAAACCCGGUGCAGUUUUUUCAAGCUGAUCUGCAGCUCACAGAUAUAAAUGACCAUUCCCCAGAGUUCCUCGAGAGGGAAAUGCUCCUAAAAAUCCCAGAAAACGUCCAGACAGGGACUGUGUUUCCUUUGAAAAUAGCUCAGGACUUUGACAUAGGUAGCAACACUAUUCAGAAUUACACAAUCAGCACCAACUCCCAUUUUCAUGUUGUCACUCAUAAUCGCGGAGAUGGCAGAAAAUACCCAGAACUGGUGCUGGACAAACCGCUGGAUCGGGAGGAAGGGCCUGAGCUCAGUUUAACCCUCACGGCGCUGGAUAGUGGGGCUCCGCCCAGGUCCGGGACCACUGCAGUCCGCAUUGAAGUCGUGGACAUCAAUGACAACGCCCCUGAGUUUUUACAGUCGGUCUAUGAGGUACAGAUUCCGGAGAACAGCCCCCUAAACUCCUUAGUUGUCACUGUCUCCGCCCGAGAUUUAGAUGCAGGAACGAAUGGGAAUGUAGCCUACGCUCUAUUCCAAGGUGAUGAAGUUACUCAACUGUUUGUAAUAGACGAAAUAACAGGAGAAAUUCGUCUGAAAAGGGCAUUGGAUUUCGAGUCAACUCGAUAUUAUAACGUGGAGGUUGCAGCCACAGACGGCGGGGGCCUUUCAGGAAAAUGCACUGUAGUUAUAGAGGUGGUGGAUGUGAACGACAACGUCCCUGAACUGACCAUGUCGACGAUCAUCAGCUCUACCCCAGAAAACUCCCCAGAGACUGUGGUGGCCGUUUUCAGUGUUUCUGAUCCAGAUUCCGGGGACAACGGUAGGAUGGUUUGCUCCAUCCAGAAUGAUCUCCCCUUUCUCUUGAAACCCACAUUCAAAAACUUUUACACCCUAGUGACCGAGAGGCCACUGGACAGAGAGAGCAGAGCGGAAUACAACGUCACCAUCACCGUCACAGAUAUGGGGACACCGAGACUGAAAACCCAGCACAACAUAACCGUGCUGGUGUCCGACGUCAACGACAAUGCCCCCGCCUUCACCCAGACCUCCUACACCCUGUCCGUCCGCGAGAACAACAGCCCCGCCCUGCACAUCGGCACCGUCCGCGCCACAGACAGAGACGCGGGCGCCAACGCCCAGGUCACCUACUCGCUGCUGCCGCCCCUCGACCCGCACGUGCCCCUGGCCUCCCUGGUGUCCAUCAACCCGGACAACGGCCACCUGUUCGCCCUGAGGUCUCUGGACUACGAGGCCCUGCGGGCGUUCGAGUUCCGCGUGGGCGCCGCCGACCGCGGCUCGCCCGCGCUCAGCAGCCAGGCGCUGGUGCGCGUGCUCGUGGCGGACGACAACGACAACGCGCCCUUCGUGCUGUACCCGCUGCAGAACGCCUCGGCGCCCUGCACCGAACUGGUGCCCAGGGCGGCCGAAGCGGGCUACCUGGUGACCAAGGUGGUGGCGGUGGACGGCGACUCGGGCCAGAACGCCUGGCUCUCGUACCAGCUGCUCAAGGCCACGGAGCCCGGGCUGUUCGGCGUGUGGGCACACAACGGCGAGGUGCGCACGGCCCGGCUGCUGAGCGAGCGCGACGUGGCCAAGCACAGGCUGGUGGUGCUGGUCAAGGACAACGGCGAGCCGCCGCUGUCGGCCAGCGUCACGCUGCACGUGCUGCUGGUGGACGGCUUCUCGCAGCCCUACCUGCCGGCCCCGGAAGCGGAAGCGGCGGCCGCGGCGCCGGCCGCCCCGCUCACCGUCUACCUGGUGGUCGCCUUGGCGUCGGUGUCGUCGCUCUUCCUCUUCUCGGUGCUGGUGUUCGUCGCGGUGCGGCUGUGCAGGAGGGGCGGGGCGGCCUCGGUGGGUCGCUGCUCGGUGCCCGAGGGCCCCUUUCCGGGCCACCUGGUGGACGUCAGCGGCACGGGGACCCUGUCCCAGAGCUACCAGUACGAGGUGUGUCUGACGGGAGGCUCCGGGUUAAAUGAGUUUAAAUUCUUGAAGCCGAUUCUCCCCAACUUCCCGCCCCAGGGUGCUGGUGAAGAAAUCGAGGAAAACGCCAACUUCCGGAAUAGCUUUGGAUUCAGUUAGGGAUCUCAUCAUGAUGCAAGGUAUUUGUCAUUUAUCUCUAAUUUCCCCAGAUACCGAAUUUGAGAAAAAUUCCAUCUUCAGGUAUAGCCUUGAUUUCCUUUUUGUAAUGAAUUAGUCCAUUUAACUUUACCUUGUCCAAUUUUGGAAAACUAAAUUCUAUUGUCAUUGCAUUUAUUUAUAGUGCGCCAUUCCAAAUCCUUGCAUGCUGUUGAUUUUCCUGAAAUUUUUGCUCCUUCCGUUGGUACUUGUUGCAAUGAACUGUCUUAAUAAAAUAUUGUUUUCUCUAUAUUCAUUGUUUCAUCACGCUCUAAGUUAUUUGAUGCUAAAUAGCAGAAAUUUAAAAUAUUUACAUAAUAUUCAUUUUGUUUGCAAAGGAAUACAUUCAUAUAACAAAUAUAAUAUGUGAGAAAGCAUGAUGAAAACCAACACUCUUCUAUUUACACUUCUUUCCUAGCUCUCAUCCUACUGGCAAAUAAUUUUUUAAAUGAAUAUUUUAAUUCAAUUAUAACAUACAUACAGAAAAGUGAACAAAUCCUUAACACAGCUCACUGUAUUUUCAGAAGGUGAACAUACUUGGUAUCAGCAUCUUGAAGAAACAAAACAUUAUUAGCAUCCCAGGUGCCACACAAUUUACCCCUUAAAAUCACUACCAGGUCAAGUAUAACAAAUAUCUCAACUUCCAAUACUAUAGUUCAGUUUUGCCUGUUUUGAAUUUAUAUAAAUGGAAUAGUAGAGUGUGAACCGUUUUGCAUCUGGCGUGUCAACAAUAUGUUUAUGACAUUUAUCCGUGAUACUGCUUUUAAUUUUAGUUCUUCAUUCUUGUUGCUGUAUAGUAUUCCACUGUAUGAAUAUGUCACAAUUUAUAACCCAUCUUACUGUAUGUGGAUAUUUGGGUUGGUGCGUUUGGCUGUUUGAAUAAUGCUGCUAUAAACAUUCUCUUACAUGUCCUUCAACAAACAUGUAUAUGCAUUUCUGUUGGGUAUAUACCUAAGGGUGGAAUUGCUACUCAUUUAGUAAGUGCAUGUCCACUUUUAGUAGAUAGUUCCAAAUAGUUUUCCAAAGUGGUUGUCCCAGUUUACAUUGCUUUCAGCAGUGUCUGGAUAUACCAGUUCCUCAGCAUUCCUGCCAAUACCUGGUAUUAUCUGUCUUUCAUUUCAUCCCUUUGGAAAGCACUCUUAAACCUUCAUUUUCUAACUUUUUAAAUACUUUCUUAUCACUAAAGAAUAUGUUUGUAACUUUUUCAUAAACUUUAAACAAUUAAUUUCAUGCUAUUGUUGUUUGGUAUCCGGUACUUAAAAUUUCUCUCAUACAUCCUUCAUAUAUAGCUGUCUCACUAUUUUCUGUUACUUCUCUGCUCAAACUGAAAGCUCCAUUUAUUGUUCCACUAACAACAGUUUCUUUGAUUUUCUUACGUGAAAGAAACUAAUAGAAUUCUUAUUCUCCCUGUUACUUGUUUCUCCCUUAUACUUUCAAACCUCUCAAAAAUGAGCUUUUACUUUUAUAUAGUUAGGGUUAAUGACCCAUUCUACAACUGUAGCUAAGAAUUCCUUGUUUGUCUAUAGAUGUUUUAAAACCUGAAAAGCAAUGUUAAAAAUUUACUUUUAAUGACCAUAUAAAUUAUGAAUGCCCUGCAGCUAAAGAUCACCAGGAACACAUUAUAUCAGAACAUUAUAGUUAGUAAAGGUGGGUUUACUGACUUAUAAUGAGGGAGACUGCACACCAUGGGGAACCAUGGGUCAGCUCAGUAACAGUGCCCUACCAAGGAGUUAGAGGAUUUGGGCUUAUGUUAGGUGAUCGGGGUAGGGUUCAAGAAAGUCUCCUUCUUUCCUUCUUUUUUUUUUAAUUCCUUCUCUUUGCUACAGUAUAUCCUCUAGUGGCUUCUUAAGAGAGGGUGCACAAAAAUAAACUUUCUGUGUCUCUGCAUAUCUGAAAAUGCAUUUAGUUUUCGCUUCCACUUCAUAAAUGUCUUACAUGUUACUUAUGUCAUUCAAUGUUUUAUACAUUCUAACGAUUCAUGCCUUUUCAUAUCUGGUAUUGUUUCAUCUCUAGUAUUAUUUCCUGAAUAAUUGUAUUCCUAACUUUAGCUUGUUAUGUUUUUCUGAGACUUGUACUUGUUGGAUAUUGAACAUUUUAAAUAGUUUCUCUAUCUUUCUUAUAUUUCUCCUUUACUUUACAUCUUUGAUUUUUCCUCUAUAUCCUCACUUAAAGUUAGUCCCUCACUUUAUUUUGAGUAUUUUUAUUGAAUUUUUAAUUUUAGUGGCAUAUUUAAAUCCCUAAGAGUUUUCUUAUUAUCUGAUUGUGUCUUUUCCAUAGUAGCACUUGGGAUUUUCAAAGUUCACUUUAUUUCCUGAAUGAUUUGUUUCCUGGAGGUUGCAUUUCUCUUUUUGUGUUUCUGUGUCAUUUGUGGUUUUCAUAUGUCUGGUGAUAGAUUAUCUGUUCAUAUGUAAGAAAAAGAAACUGAGUAGCUGGUGUGUAGCAAUUGCUGUUUUCUCUUCUAUGCCUUUUUUUUUUAUUCAAGAUUUUUUUGAUGUGGACCAUUUUUAAAGUCU